AUGCAGGGUCGUUUGUCUACUUGGCUUGUCAAACACGGGCUAGUUUAUAGAUUUUUGGGCUUCGAUUACCAAGGAAUAGAGACUUUACAAAUAAAGACCGAAGAUUGGCAUUCCAUUGCUGUUAUUUUAUAUGUAUAUGGUUACAAUUAUUUACGUUCUCAAUGUGCUUAUGAUGUAGCACCAGGCGGGUUGUUAGCUAGUGUGUAUCAUCGUACGAGAAUAGAAUACGGUGUGGAUCAACCAGAAGAAGUAUGCGUAAAAGUAUUUGCUUCAAGGAGGAAUCCUAGAAUUCCGUCCGUUUUCUGGGUUUGGAAAAGCGCGGAUUUUCAAGAACGGGAAUCUUAUGAUAUGUUGGGGAUCUCCUAUGAUAAUCAUUCACGCAUGAAACGUAUUUUAAUGCCUGAAAGUUGGAUAGGAUGGCCCCUACGUAAGGAUUAUAUUGUCCCCAAUUUUUAUGAAAUACAAGAUGCUUAUUGAAUGGUAAGGAAUUUAUUUUCACUUCUACGACAUAAAGACUUUUUAUAUUAUAUAUGUUCUGCUUUAGAUUAAAUAAAGUAACU